CCUGAAAAAAAGAAAUUAUUAGACAAACUUUUAUGAAUCUCGAAAAAGUUCAUGGGCUCAUUUUUGCAGCAUGUCUAGCCUGUUUCAUUUUUACCACUGAGAUUAGGAUGGAAAGGUGAAAGUUGAGUUGUGUAAAUCCGUAGUUUUAGCACGCGCUAAUCCAAACCACUGACUGGAAUGUGAAGGAUGGAACGGAUGUGAGGGAUGUGAGGGGUGCGCCUGCUGGGAGAGUUCAGAGACAGAACUCAAGAAACAGAAUCCACCUGGAAGGAUGCAUGCAGCUUGCAUAUUCCUCCUGUUGAUUGAGGAGGGAUUUUCUUUUGCACAAAAGAUCAAAGAUGGAGGAUCAAAGGGGGAGAAGUUGACUGAUCAACCACAGAAUCCUCGCCACUGUGGAACCUGGGUUCGAAAAGCAGAUGGCGGCAACUUCAACUCCCCAAACUACCCAAAUACCUACCCUCCAAACAAUGAGUGCCUGUAUGUACUAGAAGCUCUGCCCCGUCAGAGGAUAGAGUUGCUGUUCAACAAGCUCUUCCAAAUCGAACCGUCAUUUGAGUGUCGUUUCGACCACAUUGAGGUUCGGGACGGUCCCUUUAGCUUCUCGCCACUCAUCAAACGGUACUGUGGCUCAGCCAGUCCUGGUCGCAUCUUCUCCAGUGGACGCUUCAUGUGGAUCCGCUUCUACAGUGACGACGAGCUGGAGGGGAGUGGCUUCUAUGUCCAGUACAAGUUUACUGCAGACCCAGAAUUUCAUCUCCAUGUGGGAGGACUGUUAAACCCUAUUCCAGAUUGUCAGUUUGAGGUGACGGGGCUUGACGGCCUGAUUCGGUCCACUCAAGUGGAAGAAGAAAACAAGCUGAACCCAGACCAGGCAGUGGACUGCAUAUGGACUAUACGAGCCCCAGCAAAGACUAGGAUUUACCUGAGAUUCUUGGAAUACCAGAUGGAAAACUCAAACGAAUGCAAGAAGAACUUUGUGGCAAUUUAUGAUGGCAGCAGUGCCAUUGAGGACCUAAAGGCCAAGUUUUGUAGUACUGUUGCUAAUGAUGUCAUGCUGGACACCAGUUUUGGAGUAGUGAGAAUGUGGGCGGACGAGACCAGCCGUCUUAGCCGCUUCCGGAUGCUCUUCACUAUCUUCUAUGACCCACCUUGUAUGGGCAACACAUUCUUUUGCCACAGUAACAUGUGCAUCAACAACUCUCUGGUGUGCAACGGCAUGCAAAACUGUGUCUUCCCAUGGGAUGAAAGCAAUUGCGUCGAGAAAAAGACCAGAGGCGUCUUUUUACAUAUAACAAAAACACAGGCAACAAUAAUCUGUGUGUCCACGGGGGUGGUGCUGUUGCUCCUCAUUUUCUCCAUCAUGGUGCAAGUAAAGCAGCCCCGAAAAAAGGUGAUGGUUCGAAAGAACAAGCUGUUUCAACACGCUGACCUCCCAAAGAUGUUCGACCCGCUGCACUAUGAGCUCUUCACUCUCAGAGACAAGGAAACAUCUGGGGAGCUUAGGGAGAUGCCAACAGAGCUCCAGGCGCUCAGGAGAUCAUCAUCGGGAUCCCGCUGUGUUCAUGAACACCACUGCGGCUCGCAGGGGUCCCUUAACUCCAUUAAAGCUACUCAUGGUCUGUAUUUAGGAGGGGGAUCCAUGGAGAUCCCCCCCUUCAGGGUGGACUGCCAGGCAGCCUUGAGAGACUACAACAGCAGCUUACUGAAGAAAAGCUGGCCCAGCGUGAAGCAAAGCCAAAUACAGAAUCAUCCUGGGGUUGGGGAUCAAGUAGUGUGGCAGCGGGAUAAAGUGGUGGAAGAAGAAGAUGAUGAUGAGGAGGAGGGAAAUUACCAUUUGUAUGUGCGAAGAGCAGGAAGUCAAAGAGGCAGAUACAAGAGAGCUCAGCAAAGAUCUCUGUCGAUGGACCUUUAAAAAAAAAAGGUUGACACAACAAAGACAGAGGAUUCCCAAAGAUUUGCCUUUUUCGUUUGCUUUUUUUAAUAAGGCCAAAAAUGUGACACGUUUACCUGUGAAACUGGUGAAUGCUCUUGAGUGAAAAAAGUGUAGAACAUUCUAUCAUUCUGAUUUUGUGAAAAACUGUUUUGCUAAACUUUGCUGGAAUUUUGUUAAAAAUGCAUGAUAUUGACAGUGUGAUUUUGGUGAAAAUAUUACAUUUUAGUCUUUGUUUCUUGUAAAUAAUAAAAACAAAAAGUCAUUCAUCAC